AUGCAAUCAUCAUCAUGGCUUCUAGGUCUUUUUUUAACGAUUCUAUCGAUUAUUUUUCUUAUAUUAAAUAUUAUAUGUAUUUGUAUAUAUUGUUUUCCAAUUCUUAUUGUUCAAAAUCUUCGUACAUCAAAUAAUUUAAUUACAGUUAAUGUAUGUCUUGCAUUAGUAUUAUCUACAAUAUAUUGGACAUUAUAUUUUUCAUUUGAAAUAUUUCUAACUAAUUUCUUAGAAAAUCAAUCAGAUUCUCUUAUAAUUUAUAUUCAAACAACAGUAGAUUGUCAAGCAACUUUUUCUCUAUGUGUUCUUUCAAUAUAUCGAUUUUGUAAUAUUAUUUAUGGAAAUAAACCUUGGUUUAAUAAGCGACGUUCAAUGAUUUUAUGUUUUGCAUUUCAAUGGGUUAUAGCAUUUAUAUUACCUAUACCAAUUUGGUGUAUAAACAGAAAGGUUAGUCAAUAUAAAUUUCCUCUUGGAAUAGGAAUUUAUAAUUUAUGCGUAAUUGCUAUUUUACCUACACUAUUUGUUGCAAUUAUUAAUGGACUUAUUUUUUCACAUGCGCAUCGUUCAUCAAGACGUGUUCAUUCAAAUACACUAACAAAUUCUUCACGAAUCAAAACUCGAAAUCAUCAUUUAUUGAAACGUAUGUUUUGUAUAUUAAUUAUUUCGAUUAUUGGUUGCACACCGAUUUAUAUAAUAACUUGUUUACAAUCUCUGAAUAUUUUCAUAUCUACAAUAAUUUAUGAAAUUCUUUCUUUUCUUCCAAUAUUGUCUAUAUCAAUUAUUAUUGGAAAUCUUUUUCUAUAUAAUCAUUCAUUACGUCGUUAUUUAAAAUCGAAAUUUUUGUAG